AUGAAGAGAUACAGGUCUGCAUCCCAUUUCUGGGACUCUGCUCUGAACAAGAUCUUCCCCAGGCGAGCAUCGCGAUCGCGAUCGGAUGAGCGCAACACGUUUCUGUCAUUCGAGUCCUCCACUACCAGCGAACAUACAGAUGGCUUUUACAUGUACUCCCAGGCUCUGUUAGAGCAAGAAAACAGAUGCCGCGGGGCUUUACUCUACCGCCAAUCCGACAGCACAGAGACUUCAUAUUCAUCUGCUCUCAUGGCGCCAAUUCCGCGCCCUGCCCUGCCCUAUACGAUUAGUUCUCCCGAGUGGAACAUAUUUUCUGAAGCUGUCAAGGCCCUCGAAGGUGCUAUUGAUGACGAUGCAUCCGACUGGCUCCACAGCGUGCUGUCUGUCUUUUCCAAAGUCUACACCGUCGCCAAGAUCAUCGUCACAAUAUUCAGGUAUUAUGGGAUCGAGGUGGAAGACAUCCCUGACAGUGUUCCGGCCCAUAUCAGACGUGCGGAAGAAAUUGUGACGUCCAACUCGAUUACUGAGCUUAUUGAGGCCGUUGAGAGUCUUUAUUAUUCCGUAUAUGCGAGGCUGGUAAUGGAGAUAGCGAACGUCGACUUGUCAACUUACUUCAACUUGGAACUCCGACGCACAUCCCGCAAGGAUGGGUUCACUCUCCCAGAGCCCGAUCAUUUGCUGAAGAUCCUCGCGCACUGCAAAGACACCCUCGAAGCGCCAACUGUUUGCAACCAUGUCAAUGUGAAUCUCAUCAGAGUUCACCAGGAUGAAUUCAUCCGCCGUGCCAUGGAGAGGGCAAUUGGCACAGAGUUCUUCCUCGACGAUCUCCUCGGAUACCGCCGUUAUACUAUGGGAAUUGUGAGCGACACCUCAUCCGAGUUCCGUUCCAAGUGGAACCACGACACCUUCCUUUAUCAAAUACCGCCGGAGGAGAUCCUCACAGUCCAGUCCGAGAAGUACCUUUCUUUUAUACCCAAACCGGAGGCUGUAUUGACAGUUACUGGUUCGGAUCUUCCAUUCGUUGACCGCGACAGUACCGAUCCGGAACUUUGGGAGCGGGAGCUCGUCAAAGACCAUCGCCAGGCAGCUUUAGCCAAGAUGGAAGGCAAAGGCAUCGGAGACGUCAGGCGCGUGGACGAGCGACGUCUCCCGAGCGACUACAUGAAGGAGAGAAAAUGCAUCUGUCGCUCAUCGUGCAUCUGUUCCUGGGAAUGUACUUCGGACCCCGAACGUCCCUGUCCCUGCGCAGACCGUAUGAUGCAGAUAAUGCUUGCGAAACAUCGCAAGGCCCCGGGAACACGCGACUUCGCUACCCGAUGCGGCAAUCUUGCAAAGGCGAUCUUCGAAUGCGCUUCAUUAAUUAAACGAGACAUUGAUGAUAUCGAGAUCGCGUUGGAGCUGGACCGGGCAUUUCUUUUAGUGGACAGUGAGAUCGAAGCCCAGCGCCGAACGCCCCGCAAGGCUAACGGGGUGAAGUCCUCGACGGGCAUGGUGCCCAAAAACGUAUCGACUUCGGCGACUGUAUUAAUAUCCUCCUUUGCAUCUCCGUGGCCGCGAAAUCCACAGUGGAUCGCAAACUUCAGAAGACCCAGAACCGGGGUGCGAUGGUAUAGCCGUGCUGCAUGGCCGUCCUACGGCAUCACCACUCCCGUGCCGGAUCGCCCUCCUCCGUUCCCCAGUUCCGGAUCUAGGAAAUCUCCAUUCUGCUUCCAGACGGGGUAUGCGCUCUGCGCCAAACGGCCGUCGCGCCCCUUCCCCCCACCGUUCCUGUCCCCGCCGUCCUCGUCCUUUUCCGACCCGUUGACUACCCACUACCACAGUCAGGAUAAGAGAUUAUCCGUCAAGGGCGAACUAGUCAGGGGGCUGAACAACGGCGACGAUGCCGUUUUGGUUGCGGAUAAUUUCCUCGGGGUCGACGAUGGCGUGGGGGCAUGGGCUACCAAGCCACGAGGUCAUGCUGCACUCUGGUCCAGGCUUUUACUGCAUUUCUGGGCUCUAGAAGUCGAACGAGGAGUUGAUAGUGAUGCGCCGCUGGAUCCGGUCGAGUACCUCCAACGUGCUUACGAAGAAACCAUCAGGGCAACGACCGACCCUAACGAAUGGUACGGAACAACGACCUCCGUCACUGCGAUCUUACAUUGGACCUGCGAUGAGACGGGAAACGAGAAGCCUUUACUUUACGUGACCAAUGUAGGCGAUUGCAAGUUGAUGGUGAUCCGUCCAAGCGAGGAGAAGAUCCUGUUUCGGACCAAGGAACAAUGGCAUUGGUUCGACUGCCCGAUGCAGCUGGGGACCAACAGCGUGGACACACCGCGGAAGGAUGCAGUGAUGUCUCAAGUGGAUUUGGAGGAGGAGGAUGUCGUACUUGCCGUGUCCGACGGCGUUCUAGACAAUCUUUGGGAACAUGAAAUAUUGUCCAUCACGCUUGAUAGCAUCAAGAAGUGGAACCAGGGACGGUAUGACAAUACAGACCUUGAGUGGGCUCCCCCGGAGGUGCUGGCAGAAGAACGCAUGGUCUUUGUGGCGCGCGAGCUGCUCAAAUCCGCUCUGGCUAUUGCCCAGGAUCCGUUCGCUGAGAGCCCGUUUAUGGAGAAAGCAAUUGAAGAAGGUCUCGCUAUUGAGGGGGGUAAGGCCAAACGCUCAAAGAAGUACCGCAAGCUCAUGCAUCAAUAUGAGCUCGCAUUCGGGUUCCGCGAACCAUACCAAGUCCUAGUGGACUCCAACUUCCUCAAUGCCGUACACUCCUUCAAGAUGGAGCUACUCCCUUACCUCGAGCGCACACUGCAGGGCAAAGUCAAGCCUCUCCUCACAAAAUGCUCACUAGCAGCCAUCAUGGCCAACCAACCCAUCAACCCUCGCACCAACAACCCUGUCCGUCCCGCACAACUCCCCCCGCCCACCGUCCUCCCAUUGCGCCACUGCUCCCACAACGAAGACGCCUCUCCUAUCGACGAAACAGAGUGCCUGCUUUCUCUUCUUUCGCCGUCCGCAGACGUCAAGCGGAAUAAGGAGCAUUAUAUUCUCGCCACGGCGGAUCCGGCGACGCCCAAGACUUCGUCGCAGAACGACAAGAAGCGGAAGCGCGGUGUCGAUGAGGCUGAGGUUGCGUUGAGAAAGUCGAGGAUGUUUAGGAGCGCCGCGCGGGCUAUCCCCGGUGUACCGAUUGUUUAUGUGAAGCGGUCUGUUAUGGUUUUGGAGCCGAUGAGUUCGUUGAGCGAGGAGCUGAGGGAUGGGUAUGAGAGUGGGAAGUUCAGGGCUGGGUUGAACGAUGAUGCGGCUCCGAAGAAGAGUGGAGAUGGGGAGAAGAAAAAGAAGGGAUUUAAGAAGGUGAAGGGCCCGAAUCCUUUGAGUGUUAAGAAACCGAAGAAGAGGGAGUCUGAGUCGGAUAGGCCUGCGAAGAAGAGGCAGGCCACGGAGGAUGGAGAGGGUAAGGAGUCUACGGAGAGGACGGAAGAUGGUGAUUCUGCGCCCAAGCCGAAGCGGAGGAGACGUCAUCAUAAUCGCGGUACUAAGAAUGAAGGCGAGGAUGGAGGCGAUGCGGCUCCUGCUGUCACGAUGGAGGAGUGA